AUGAACAACAUUCUUGGCUGCAUGUAUCUUUUUGCAUUUGUCGCGACCUCAUUGGCGGUGGUAAUAAUGGUGGAUUUAAUGUUAUAUAUAAAUCACUGCUCUCAAGAAAACUCGGGAAAAUGUCAUCUGCUAAGGAACUUGCGAAAAGUAAAUGCGGCAUUCGCACCCUUCUGGCAAUUCUAUUAUGUUGUAGCGGAAGCAAUUUUUUGCUUGACUCUAGUGCGAAUGUUAAAAGGAAUCAAUAACAGAGACGUGAAAUUCAUUCGAUAUACUCGUUUUCAGACUUAUCCUUUUUUCACUGAUAUUGUUCAGUUUUUCGCAUUCACCGUCUAUAACAUGUCACAAUUUGGUGUUUCGAUACCGUGCGUGUUUCGUGAGUUACCACAUGAUGGUGAAAUUGCUCCUGAUCCUCAUCAAUCAUCGCAAUAUGACACUUUUCCCGCGCACUUAUCAUUGUUUAAUUCCGCGUCGCCGCCACUUACGACAAAUUCUUUCGGAUAUAGAAAUCGUACAUCACCAAUAAAACCAACCGAGAAUUUUCAGUUAUCUGAUAUUAGAUACGACACCUCAAAAUUACAUGAAUUCAGUAAUAAACCACAUUAUUAUGAUAAUUAUGCUUCUGGAAGCAGUAAUAAUUACUAUUACAUUGAAUCUAUUGAAUCUUCACCAAAAGCAGUGUUAAAAAAUCGUGAUUCUGAAAAUGAUCAAUCAUGA